ACCUGAAACACAUCUGGAGGAAAGCAGGCUGUCUACGUGUAGUUAGCCUGUUAGCGACUGCGUAAAGAUGCAAUUGGCUCUUAGUAAAACGUUUGGCCAGAAGCCAGUUAAAUUUCAAUUAGAACAAGAUGGGGACUUCUAUAUGGUUGGGUCUGAGGUUGGAAACUAUCUGCGUAUGUUCAGAGGCUCUUUGUAUAAAAGAUACCCAUCUUUAUGGAGGCGGCUGGCCUCAGUGGAGGAGAGGAAGAAAAUUGUAGCGUCGUCACAUGCCACCAGUGUCACUCUGCUCAAAGCCUCAGAGUGUGAAGAGAUCUUCGAGGGUAAUGAUGAGAAAUACAAGGCGGUGUCCAUCAGCACAGAGCCUCCUGCUUACCUCCGGGAGCAGAAAGCAAAGAGGAGCAGUCAGUGGGUCCCCACUCUGCCCAACAGCUCCCACCACCUAGACGCUGUGCCCUGCUCCACCACCAUCAACCGCAACCGCAUGGGACGAGACAAGAAAAGGACCUUCCCUCUGUGCUUUGAUGACCAUGAUCCUGCAGUGAUCCAUGAGAACGCAGCCCAGGUAGAAGCUCUGGUUCCCAUUCGUCUAGACAUGGAGAUAGAUGGACAGAAGCUGCGAGAUGCCUUCACAUGGAACAUGAACGAGAAACUGAUGACUCCAGAGAUGUUUGCAGAGAUUCUGUGUGAUGACCUGGACCUGAACCCUCUGGCCUUCGUCCCAGCCAUCGCCUCUGCCAUCCGACAGCAGAUUGAGUCCUACCCCACUGACAGUAUACUAGAGGAGCAGGCAGACCAGAGAGUCAUCAUCAAGCUGAACAUCCACGUGGGCAACAUCUCUCUAGUGGAUCAGUUUGAGUGGGACAUGUCAGAGAGGGAGAACUCCCCAGAGUCUUUUGCUCUGAAGCUCUGCUCUGAGCUGGGUCUGGGUGGAGAGUUCGUCACCACCAUUGCCUACAGCAUCCGAGGUCAGCUCAGCUGGCACCAGAGGACCUACGCCUUCAGUGAGAACCCGCUGCCCACAGUAGAGAUCGCCAUCCGCAACACAGGCGACGCAGACCAAUGGUGCCCCCUGCUGGAGACCCUCACAGACGCUGAGAUGGAGAAGAAGAUCAGAGACCAAGACAGGAACACAAGGCGUAUGAGACGACUGGCCAACACCGCCCCCUCCUGGUAGAAAGUAGCAUUAACCUGUAUCAGAUGACAUGACCUCUGGAGGCUCCUGUUACUUUGAAAUGGUCAAGCAAACUUACACACACACACACACACACACACACACACACACACACACACACACAGGUAAUCCACAAAGCAUCUGGACGUUCCUGUUAGCAUGAAUGCAUUCACACACCUGCCUUUCAUCUACACACACACACACACACACACACACAGGCAUUCCUCUGCUCACACACACUCUACCAUCCUCAUGUUUCAUUUUGCCUUCAGCACAUCAGUCAUGGCAACAUUUAUGUGAGGAGUGUUCACAGACGCUCUGCAUCACAGUUCAACACACUGAGCUUAAUGUAACUGUAUGAAUGGUGUGUGACAACAUACUGAUCUGGACAGCAUGUGUAUGACAUCACAACGGUAACUGAAAGCUUCCCACUUCUAUCACAUCUAUGGAUUAGAGGUUGGUUGUUUUCACUGGCUACCAUGGCAACACUGGUGAUAACUAAUAACAUUAACCAUGAUGUGUUCACAGCCCUGCACUGACAGUGCAGUCAGAUAGAAUGAAGUCAUUAUAAAUAUGAAAGCUACUAUAGGUCAAAACAUCUGCUGUGAAAAAGAUGGUUAGUAGUGUCAAACUGAUCGCACACAUCAGUAAUUAGUUGGUGGAUUUUACCCCAUAAAAGAGCAAAUGACUCUGCUUAAAACUUCAACACCAAAGCAGAUGAAAACAGUUAGUGUGAA